AAUAACUCUUGACGCGGUGUGAUACGGGUGACUUUUGUGCAAAAUAAUUAACAAUUUAAAUUAAUUAGAAUAAUAUUUGACUCAGUUUCAUAGGAUUGUGUGUCUUAAUUACAUAUGUAGUGCCUUAUAUUCACUGGGUUGACUGCAGCAUAGUCACGUUAUCGUGAUAUUCUGUGAUCGUGUAUCGUUAAAUUGGAAUAUCGUUAAAUCCAGAGAAUGUCUGAAGUGAGAGAUAAGGUAUUUUUCGUCACCGGUGCUGCAGCGGGCAUUGGUGCCGCGAUUGUAAAGGCGUUUUUGGAAGAAGGAGCCAAACAUGUUGCAGCACUAGACGUCGACAUAAAUAAUGGCAGACCUUUGGAGGAAGAACUGGCAGAGAAGUAUGGGAACAACAAAAUAAAGUUCUACAAAUGUGAUGUCACAUCAAGUGACUUAGAUGCAGUCUAUGAUAAAGUACUUAAUGACUUCGAAUAUAUUGAUGUUGUCAUUAAUUGUGCUGGCAUUAUGAAUGACAGACCUAAUGCGUAUUUAAAAGAGAUUGAUAUUAAUGUGACUGCCUUAAUAAAAAGUUCUCUCAAAGCAUUCGACUUAAUGCGUGAAGACCAGGGUGGUAAAGGUGGAACGAUCAUAAAUAUUUCUUCGAUUGUGGGAUUGUUUCAAGCACACCUUCUCCCGGUGUAUACUGCUACAAAGAGUGCAGUGUUGCAGUUCAGCAAUUGUCUUGGAAAAGAGCCACAUUUCACACGAUCUCGAGUUCGAGUACUCACGAUAUGUUUUGGGUGCACGGAUACAAGUUUAUUUAGCGCCUCAAAAAUGGGAGGUUUCGAUAAGGAAACUGAUGAACUACUCUUCAAGAGCCUAGGAGUUUUACCGAUGCAAACGAUACAAUCGGCAGUGGACGGUCUGGUCCAUGCUUACAAACAUGGAGCAAGCGCCAGUACCUGGCUGAUCACUUCAGACAGGCCUGCUGAAGAUAUCACCGACAACGUUUCCAAAGGAUACGAGAUAAUGAGCCAAGGAGUAUUUAGCUAAAACCCUAAUAACAGUUUAUAUGAUAUAAAUAAUAAAUAUAAUAAAUAAAAUGUAUAUUUGGUGUAAAAAACCAGAUUACAAAAUAAAUCUUACUACCUAAACAAAGUCUAAAAUUUUUAUGUGAAACCUGGACCAAAUGAUGACUACAAUUUAAUCAAUUUAUUAUAGAGAUGUAAGAAUAAUUAUUGUU